AUGAGCGAAGACGCGGACAUGGAAAAAACGGUGCCUAGCCCAUCGAAUGGCGCCAGCGAAAAUAAUAAUGCAGGCACGGAUACUCCAACACCAGCCGCCCAAUUGACGACCCCUACGCCGCCGACACGAGCCACAAUGUCUCCCAAAGACGGGGCAUCCCCUUCGGCACCACCUGAACCCCUACUUGAAUCAUCUGAUGCGAAUAGGGGCUACAAUAACAACAACAACAACAAUCACGAUCUCUUCUCGAGUCCCAAUUCAGCAUCGACCGCAACUCCUCACAGUGCUUUCAGCCCAGUUCUUGCGUCGCCAUCGCCGGGAACAUGCACGUCCCCAGAAGCUGAUUUGAAUUUGCAGUCUGUACCAAAGAGCGCCACUGUGGAACCCGGCAAAGCCAGCACGAUAGCUUCUUUGUCCUCCCAGGUGGAAACGCCACUAGCAUCUACUAGUUCUGGUAUUGAGGGCAGCUCUUCGAAUAACGCGCGGUUGAUCAACACUGGUGCAUCAUCGGCAACGGACUCUCGGGAAGAUCUGCAGUCCCCCAAAGAAGGGCGUCGAUCAGCCACAGUUUCGGCCGGGGAAAAAUCCGAGUCCAACUGCAAGAGCAACCUCGAAACUCAUGUCAACUCCGGCAUCACCACUAACGGAACCGGCAGCGUGACCAGCAGCCCUACGCGUUUGCGUAUCCUGCGCCCCAAAGCCUCGAGGCCACAACUGCCCAACCCACAUUCCGACCUCUACUCGCUGCACUCUUCCGAAACCCCACGAAGCGUCGUGGCCGUAUCCCGUGCAUCCUCAAUCCGAAGCGUCUGCAGCAACGCACCCCUCCAACAUCCCACUCCUGAACUCAACGCCAAGUCAGGAGCAUACAUCGGCAACGUAGCCGCGCUGGAAGCCACUGCAGAACGCUUUUCUAUGACCUCGUCCAUUGAGGACGCAAUCCGCGACGCCCAUACCCAGCUGAAAAGGAGGGACAGCCAGCGGUCUAUGAUCCUGGCUUCCCAACUUCACCAUAAUAGCGACAAUUUCGACAAUAGUAGUGUUAUUAGUGACGCACCUCUACCGCCAUUCUCGCGACAUCUCUCGAUAGCUAGGUCAAACAGUGCCGCAAGAUCUGGAGGAUAUUCUCCCAGCGGCUACGUCAUGUCACCCACUCACUCUUUGACGAGGACGAGGUUGAGAUCAGCUAGCAAGGCCAGUUCGACUGGUCCGCCUUCAUCUGUUAUCGGUGACGUGAUCCCGGAGGACGGCAGCCCCAUUCUCUCGAACGAUGACAACUUGAUCCCGCCGCUCCCGAUCUCACGCCACGGCCCAGGCAAGAGCUCUGUCCGCAGUGUCGUAUCCGCCAAGAAACUCUCUCUUGCAGAGAUUGCAGAGAACGAGCCACCGACGACACUCACCCACGAAGCACUCAACGAAGCCGACCAGCUUCUCUCGCCAGUCAUCUCCGAGGGUGCAACACAGGAUCGAACAAUCCGUCCGAGUCCCGCUCAGCUGGCACAAAUGGGGCUUGACCAGAGAACACCCAAUGCGAACGGCCAUCGGGAUGACACACCCAACGCUGAAACAUGGUCGCGCAGGCCCAGGUUGGAUAUGGGAGAUUCAAACGAUGGAGCCGACGCAUCGAAAGAGCAAGGGUACUUCCCUCAGGACGCUUACGGAGAGUCUCAGAGUCAUUACCGUGCUCAAUCAGAGUUGUCGGGACACGGCUCUGAAAACGACCAUAUUGAUGAUGCAUUCGGAGACUUUGAUGGUGUCCACUGCGAUCCCAACCAGUUCGACUUUGAUGGACCAUUUCAAAACCAGCUGGGUGAACAUGAUUAUCAACAACAACAGCAACAGCAUGAGCAACUGCUCUCCCAGCCGCAUGAUGUAUUUACACAGAAGCCCGAUGACAUGCAGUACGGACAAUCGCAGGUCCCGCGCCCUCAACCGAGAAAACCAUUGGAGCGACCUCAGUCGUAUUUCGACCCUUCCACUGGGCAGGAUAUGCUGUACUACCCUGCUCCUGUCCCGGCUAUGCUGAACUUGCCUCCAAAAUUGUCCAAGAAGCCAAAAACUGCGGUUAGAAAUGCACGCUAUUCCAAGGUGUUGGAGACCAUGGCACAGGAAGGCCGGGCAUCUCGCAUAUGGCUUGCCGAUCCGAAUGCAGGAGCCGAAUUUGGUACUGAAUUUAUGGAUGAGCCACGCCAGUCUUUGUCCCACGAUGCCUCGGAGCCGUCACAAGAGAUGUCAACAGGACAGCGUAGCGCCUCGCCCACCAAGACGCAGUUCCAACGUCAGGAACUCCGUCGGCCAGCAAAAUUGAGAGAAGCGGAUAAGCGCAUGUCAAGGUUAUCAAUGAUGCCGUCUGAUUUGCCGCCUCAAGUGAGAGCAUCUGCAUUUUUCGAUUCGCCCUCGACUGUGCCUCGCAUUGAACUUAAAGGUGGCUCGGCGAUGCAAACUCUAGACAGCAUUCUGGAUGCGUCGGCCAAAGCCCCCGUCAGUGCCUUUACGGACCACGCGUUCGCUGGAACUCUUGGCGAGGAGGUUUACGGUGCGGAAAAGAAAAAGAAAAAGAAGAAGCACAAGGCGCAAAAAUUAUCGGUGGCGUCGGUUGAUCACAAGCGCGAUAGUGACUCGACCGUGCGGGAGGCCAAGGAACGUUCAUCUUUCCUAGGGAUCCUCGCGGGCGGAAAGUCACGCACGAGCCACGACGGUUCUGAUCGGAACUCAGCUAUGGCCAGCUCCAAGGGCAGUAUCCGAGGCGACGGUGUUUCCCAGAAACGAGGGGAGAUUGAUGGCAGGGAAGGCGAGGUCAUGUCGCCCACCACAGAGAUGCUGGCGCCUGGCGAAGACGAACAAAAAUCAUCAUCGGGAGAAGAGGACGAUGAAGACGAGGACGAGGACGACGAGAUCUAUCACGGUGCACCUACAACUCUUUUGGCAGAACUUCAACUCAGAAAGCAUCAACAGAAAAUGCGUACUCGACCCAUCAACAAGGCUCACCCCAAUGGCCUCCACACGACGCUGCUGGAGCUCGACGCCGUCGCUGAAGUCGAACGAAAGAAUCGCAUUGGUAAACGGGUGAAUCUUGCCUGGGAAGACCCAACUUUGGCGCACGCCGACGUGUCUGAUGAUGAGGACGUUCCCUUGGCAAUGCUACAGGCGAUCCGCGGCAAUCCCACCGGCAACAUUUCCACAGCUGUCGCCGAUGUCAACCGCCCGCUUGGGUUAAUGGAGCGUCGCGAAAUGGAGGAUAAUGAACCGCUGAGUCGUCGCCGUGACAGGAUCCAAGGUCGCGAGACGAUGCAGCCGACCUCAGUCUACCUCAACCCUGUCAGCCAGACGCGUGCUAGUCAAAUCACCCUCUCGCCUGCCAUUGCAGGGGUGAAUGCGCACUUGCGUACUCAAUCUCAGGCAAACCUCGCCCCGCUCGUCAGUCACAUGGCUCAAGGUCAGCAGUCACGUCCUGACGAGGAUGAGGAUGAGGACGAGCCGCUUGGUGACCGUAUGCGCCGGCUCAAGGCGCGUGAUGACAAGGCGAGCGCUCUACCAGUUGCCCGGCCCGUCAGUACCGCCUUCACUGUUGAGAUGAUGAGUCAACUGGGAGUGGGUGAACCUGAGGCGGACGCUCAAAGCAAGCCCCCCAAGGCCAAGGUCGAUCCACCCCCCGAGGAAGAGGAGACACUUGGUCAACGCCGCCGACGCCUACAGGCAGAACGCGAGGCGCGAGAGCGAGAAAUGAACGUCAACGCCGGUGCACUACAUGCGUUGACGGGCGGUGCCGGACUGGGUGCUCGAAGCUUGGAGCAGAACAUCGGCCCCAGCUACAACAGACUUACAAAGAAGAUCAGCAUGGCCGACGUCCUGGCCGCACACCCGGUUAGCGAUGCCAAAGGCCAGAUGGACCCCCGCGAGGCAGAAAGGCUGAGACUCCAAGCCGAGGCUGAGCGCGCGGCCCGCGAUCACGAAGCAAAGAUGCGAACCCUUCGCGCGCAGCAGUCAUUUUCUCAGCUCUCCGCAGUCGGAGACAAUCCGCGCGGCGUAGGCGUGCCGACCUCGAUAGGCAUCGGCGCCCAGCGUCAAGUCAGCGGCUUCCAAGGCGGUCGCUUCAACGACGGCGCCGGCGGCGGUACCGCGCUGCCUAUAGGUGCGGCUCAGGAUGGCCCCGGACAAGGAAACUGGGGAAGGCAGCUACAUCAAGGAGGAGGCCGCACUAGCAUGUACGGAAACGGCUUCCCUGGUGGGCAACACUAUGCACCACCGGCAUACGGAUACGCCCAGCCAUACGGACAGAUGAUGGGUGUGCAGCAAGACAUGGUCGAGAAAUGGAGACAGGGUGUCCUCUGA